AGGAGGAGGGAUAGCUGUGAUUUUCUGCCUGGCCUCAUUCAACCCGUGGACUGGUCGGACUUAUCACGGAACGCCUCUGACGAACGAUGAAUUUCAGUCGUAGAAAAACGCAGUAAACGUCAGGAAAAAAAGUCAACCAGGAAUAAGAAAACGUCGCAACACAAAUACGCAAGAUGGGCGACCAGAUGGACGCUGCGUUUAAAACCACUGGAUCCAAGUGGCUGCUGCCUGUCAGUGAAUACUUCGGCUUUCCUCUGGAUCAGGUGAAUUUCCUGGCCUGCCAGCUGUUUGGCCUUGCUGCUGCCUUCUGGUUUCGUCUCUACCUCAGUCCCAGCCAUGCCAGUCCCCUGGUCCGGCAUGCUGUGGCCACUCUGCUUGGCAUCACCUUUGUUAUAUUCUGCUUUGGCUGGUAUUCAGCUCAUCUCCUGACUGUGGUGCUUUCAAGCUACUUGAUCAUCAUCAAAGCUGAUAUCAACAAUGUUCACAGGUAUUCUAUGGUCAUGGCUAUGGGCUACCUGACAGUGUGCCAAAUCAGCCGAGUCUUCAUCUUCAACUAUGGAAUACUAUCCACAGACUUCUCUGGGCCUCUGAUGAUAGUAACUCAGAAGAUCACCACGCUUGCUUUCCAGCUACAUGAUGGUAUGUGUAAGAAACCCGAAGAACUUAGCCCAGAGCAGAAGCGUCAAGCUGUAAAUGAGAGGCCCUCAUUAACAGAGUACCUGAGUUAUAAUCUGAACUUCCUGAGUGUCUUGGUGGGGCCUUGCAAUAACUAUAAGGACUACGUAGACUUUAUCGAGGGCCGACACAUCCGCAGGCGGCUCAGUCAGCACUCUGGGACCUGCAACGGCCAGAAUGGCUAUGAUAAGAUGCCCGACCCAUCACCUGUGAGUGCCGUCUGCCAUAAGCUCCUGGUCUGCUGUGGCUGCAUGCUGUUCUUCCUCAUUGUGACCAGAUCCUUGCCGAUCUCAUACAACGCUGACACCGACUUUGUCAGCCAUGCUCCCUUCCUCACCAGGCUCACCUACGCUUUCUUCUCCAUACAAGCAGCAAGGCCCAAAUUCUAUUUUGCCUGGACGCUAGCUGAUGCCAUCAACAACGGCGCAGGUUACGGUUUCAAGGGAAUAGAUGAAAAUGGGAAGCCAUCCUGGGACCUCAUCUGCAACCUCAACAUCUGGGGGAUCGAGACAGCGACCAGCUUCAAGACAUUCAUAGACAACUGGAAUAUUCAAACAGGAGUUUGGCUCAAAACUGUAUGUUAUGACCGAGCCCCCCGGUACCGUGUAGAAUUGACCUUUAUCCUGUCUGCCCUGUGGCAUGGCGUCUAUCCCGGCUACUACUUCACCUUCAUCACCGCCAUCCCCAUCACCAUGGCAGCGCGAGCCAUACGCAAGAAUUUCCGCCACCACUUCCUGUGCUCUCGAGGUGUGAAGCUAGUCUACGACAUUAUAACAUGGGCCGCCACUCAGCUGGCCAUCUGCUACACGGUUAUGCCUUUUCUACUGCUGGCAGUAGAACCCACUAUGGUUUAUUACAGGUCUAUGUACUUUCAUGUGCACAUCAUCAGCAUUCUGGUUGCGUUUGCCCUGCAUCAGAAACACAAACCUAGGGACCCCUGUGCCGCCACCAAAACGUUUUCCUCCUCCUCCUCCUCCUCCUCUUUCUGUUCCCCGUCUUCACGCUUGUCCCAGUGCCAGGCUGCUCACUCCAACAACAAUGUCAAAGGAGACUGAAAAAUCCUUCUCUGUUUUGCUGCCACUUCGCUUGGAGCUCAGUCCACGAUCUUCUCCUACAGACAAAUAAAUAUCCCCGAAAGGCAUUCAGCAAACUGAAAA